AGCAUUCUGAAAACGGCGCAGAACAGCUGAUCUCUCUUGCCGGCAUUUCGGGAAAGAGAAGGAAGAGAAAGAGAGAGAGAAGGAAGAUUAUGAGAGCUUGCACAGGGAGACAAAUCUAUUCUAAUUCUUCUUGACCUUUGGUCAAUUAUUGGUCAUCUUUGAAAUGACACUAUCACGGUCGUGCCAACAUCAUCUAUUGCCCAUGUCUCCGACAUAAAAGACAUCAGUGUUUGUGUGUGCGUGUUUUUCAUCAUUGACAUUUUUUUUCCAAAGAAAAAGAAAAAAGUUUGGGAUUAUUGUUGUUGUUUGUAUCAUAUGAAGUAAAUAUGCCUCCGCUGAGAAAUGGAUCAUCCUUGUAUCUUAAUGCAUCAGACAAGAUCUCCCGGGACAUGGAGGACCGGUUCUACUUCGUGUCCCCGUCCAGCUCUGUCCAGCAGAGCCUGUCCGAGCAGCAGGACGACGACGACAUGGAGUGGGAUCCGGACGAGAUUGCCAACAUCCCUGAACCUCCAGACGGUGGUUACGGGUGGGUCAUCGUGGCAGCAUCCUUCCUCAGCAACAUGAUAGUGGACGGAAUAGCCUAUACUUUCGGCAUCUUCUUCACGGAAUUCGUCAGGCAUUAUGACGUUCCCAAGGGUAAAGUGGCCUGGGUCGGAUCCCUCCUCUCAGGUUUCUACAUGAGCGUAGGUCCCAUUGUGAGUGCAUUGACGAACAGAUUCGGUAGUCGGCUUGUGAUGAUAGCAGGCAGCCUGGUCUCCUGUACUGCUAUGAUACUCAGUACUAUGGCACCCACCAUAGACGUACUGAUGGUCACCUAUGGAGUGAUGGGAGGUAUAGGUUUCGGUCUGGUGUUUUUGCCGGCCGUAGUCAGCGUAAGCCACUAUUUUUCUACGAAACGAGCCUUAGCCACGGGCGUAGCUGUUUGUGGAUCUGGUGUUGGAGCUUUCGUCUUCGCCCCAUUAUGUCAAGUCUUGCUUAACAUGUACGAAUGGCAAGGGGCCCUACUAAUACUUGCCGGUUUAACACUGAAUUGUGCUGUGUUUGGAGGUCUCAUGAGACCCCUCGACCCGGCUCCUUACCAAAAACCCUUACUCCAGAGAAUCGCCGAAGAGAAGGAAAGACACCGGAUGGACUCCCUCUGCGAAAGUCAGUACAUGAUUAUUCAGCAUUCAGAUGGAACAUUCGAAAAGAGACCGAAGUUCAUCCUCAAUCUAGAACCCGGUGUUCAUUCCACCCUCUAUCUAGAUCAGUUCGGGAAGUCUCCAGCGGACACUCCGGUAUUUACGCUUUCUCCCAUACAAGAAGUGCGCAAAUCACCGGAACUGUCCAAAGAGGAUGAAAUGAACGAAAAGGAAGAAAAUGAGAAGGAAGAAGAGGAGAAGACUGAAAAAGAGGAUGAGAAAGCUCCAUUAGCUGGGCCGUCUUUGCCGAAAGUAGCAACAACGGUCUCACUUCCCAAUGCGGGCUUGGCCCACCACCAAAUCAAUAGCAACCCUAAUGGGGCUGACUUUCAAGAUGGGUCCUCCUCUCCACAGAUUGCCAAUGGUACUUUACCCCCAACAUUUAUCCGCGAACUGGCCAAGCGGAAAGGACUUUUGCCCCAGUUUAGAGGUGCUAUGAAAUUAAGCCUUAGCAACAUGACAGUAAAUAACGAGACGAAGAAAAACAACGCCCCACUAAAGAUCUCUUCCAGUGGUUUUCUUUGUCCGGGACAGCAGCAAAAUAACAACUUCAACGCGGAUGAAGUCUGGAAGCAGAACGUUCGAGAACAAAUAUCCCAAACUCCUGUUCCGCUGGACGGCAGUAGGAGGUCAUCCCUGCGCAGGGAAAGAAGAGAUUACAGCAGGCCUAUGUACAGGAAAGAUGUCUUUUACAGCGGCAGCAUCCGCAAUCUGCCAGAAUACAAGCAGUCUCAGGGGGAUGUUAGGUCGUACGUGGCCAGCGUCAUAUCUAUUCCAAGAGACAUCCCCAUCUCUCAAUCGGUUUUAGACAACAGAUCGAAUGUUCUGCAAGCCAAACCAAGACCAAAAUUUUGCCCUAGUUUUAUUAAAUUGCCCAAAUCCAUGACGGACACUCUGUAUGAAAUGCUUGACAUUUCACUUCUGCAGAACAAAGUGUUUCUAAUGAUCUGCAUGUCCAAUGUGAUUGGAAUGAUAGGUUUUUAUGUGCCAUAUGUUUACAUUACAGACAGUUGCAUAACGAAAGGAAUCCCAGCCGAAAAGGCCGCCUUCGUUCUCUCCAUGAUUGGAAUAACGAAUACCAUAGGGAGGUUGCUGUUCGGUUGGAUAGCCGAUAGGCCAGGGGUCUCCUCCCUGCUAGUGAAUAAUGUUACUAUUGUACUGACUGGUAUAUGUGUGUUCUGCAUACCUUUCUGCAACGACUACACAACCAUUGUGAUUGAUUGCGUCCUCUUUGGAUUAUUUGUCUCUGCUUACAUUUGCCUGACGUCUAUCAUAUUAGUUGAACUGCUGGGAUUAGACAAGCUGACGAAUGCUUUUGGGCUGCUCAGUCUUUUUCGUGGUGCGUCAGUCAUGUUGGGGGCACCUGUAGCAGGCUCAAUUUAUGACUGGACAGGCAGCUAUGAUUUACCCUUCUUCAUCGCCGGAAUCUUGCUGAUAGGUGCCGCCAUCAUCAGUUUUCUCAUCCCUUGUGUUGCCAAAAGGGAAGAAGAAAAACAACAAAAUCCGGAGGUGGUGAGGGAUGAAAAUCAAGACGUCUUGAGUGACGACCAGGAAAGUGUAGUUUGACUGAAGUUUUAAACGUGAAAAUAAUUCUGUGUACAUAUUUCUCCUCCCAUUAGAAACACACGAGAUCCACCAUCUUGGACUUUAAAGUCAUUCAUUGAAUUUGGAAUGAAUGGCUCGAAAUUGAAUCAUUCAUUUUGAGAAACGAGACGUGAUGGAUUGAUUAAUCAUGGCUUAAUUAUUGUGGCCGCAAUCUCGUUUUUUUCUUUCUUUUUCCUUUCCAAAUAAUUUUUCUCAAAGCUGCGAAUUCGCACAUUCAAAAUAUUGGCUAAGGCGUACUGUACGAUAUAAGUGAUUAAAAUCUGGAGAUUCAAGUGUGGUAAAUUGCAAUGCUAAAAAAUACCACCUAGCAAUUGCAACCUUAUGACAAAGAAACAAAUUGCAGAUACUGUACACUACUCUUUUACCGCAAUAGUUUUUUUCUUCAGAAAAAGAGCUUUGGGUUGGACAUUUUUCACAAAAAUACACAUUACGAGUGAAAUAUGAAAAUGAAGCAUACUCUGCAGCUAAAGCCGUCUGUGAUAAGACUGCACAUUCCUUCGACGGGUAUGCCCUCCCCCCAUCACAGAAUAUUUUGAAAAUUGCGAAAGUUUCGAAUCGUUUUCAAGACAAUCUGCCAAUAAUUGUGACUGCAACUAUGUACAUUGAAUAAAUCAUGAGCAUGAAUGAGUGAAUGUUUUCUAAAAGGAAAGUAUGAGGUACUUUUUACUCUUUAACCUCAUCUUCUUAGUGCCCGUAAGUUAGGGAAGCAAAGUGCUUGAGAUAAUAAAGAAAAAAGUUUGCCAAAUAAUAUUUUAGGUAAUAAAACUGAAUUUCAGAUAUGGCAAGUUUCUUUUCUGUGACACAUGCAGAUGAAAUGCAAAUUAGAUUAUAAUUUUCUAAUUGCAUCAACAAUUUACAAAAUUUAUCAUUGUAGAAAUCUUAGACUGAAGCACUCAAUUCCUUCCAUUUUCAAUUCAAUCUAUUUUAUUUCGUGUAUAAACUUUAAUGGCUGAAUACUUGAUCCCUUUACAAAUAAUUUACUUCCAUAAGAAGAUGAACAUUUUUUUUAUUUAUUAUGAAAUCAACAAAACUUUUUUCAUUCAGAUUUAAUUUCUGAAUUGCAUUCCAUCAUCAGAGAAAGGAAUGCAGACGAUGUUGAAUAAAUAGAACGUUCUACAUCCUCAUCACUCAUUUGUGUCGUAGGUUUCAUUCCCCCCUCCAUAGAUUGUUUCAGCAAAGAAGAAAAAAAUAAAAUAAGAAAUGUUUAAUCCAUAACCAGUAUUAAAUGAUUUACAAUAGAUAGAAGAAAAAAAAUUUUCAAAGUGUUUUAGGAAUAUGUAUUUAUAGUUCAAAAUAUCUCCCAUGCUUAAUCCUAAAAUGUUUUUGACUUAUUUAAAUCAAAGCACUUUGAUGUUAUUAGAAAUAUUUCUUGUGAUAUUAUAUGAGGAUUAAAUGGGAUCAAAUGUUAUCCUAUGUUCAUCUAAGAGUUGUUUCUAAUGAAAUGUUGUUGAAUUCAACUUCAGGUCUAUUGUAGUGAAUGUGAUGCCUCAGUUGGUGAAACCUUUCAUUAGGUUUGUUGAUAUGAAAUUGAUUUUUAAAUAAAACAAAAAAUUAAUUUUAA